ACGAUUUCAAAUUUCAAACUCCGCACCCGGUUCCCGUAUAAUACGCGUCUCGACCAGCUUGACCAGCUACUGUAAGACGUACACUAUGAAACAUGGCGUCGCAUUUCGAAAACUUUCACGGCCCACGGCCCACAGGAUGCUUAUGUUGAGGAAUCUAGUCACUUCUCUUUUCGAACACGAACAAAUCAGGACAACAUUACCGAAAGCCAGAGAAGCUGCAAGAUUUGCCGAGAAGAUAAUCACGCUAGGCAAGAAGGGAGAUCGGGCGGCGCAGGUCAAAGCCUCCUCAUUACUCCUCAAGGCAGAGCUCGUACCCAAGUUGUUCGGAACAUUCGCUACCCGCUACGCUGAACGUCCAGGAGGCUACACCAGAAUCCACAAGUUCGGUAACAGGCCCGGCGACAAUGCACCCAAUGCAAUCUUGGAAUUAGUGGAUAAUCCCAGGGACUUGCGCUUUGAAAUGACAUCACGAGCUAUCGGUUGGGAGCUGUUGAAGGAGAAACUUAAGAAGGAAAGCCCCUCGUCGUUGAUCCAAAGCGGUGUGCACAGUACCCAAGAGUUCAUAAAAGCGGAGCGACAGAUAGAGUUCGGGCAAGCAGGGGGAAGGCUGAGACCGAAAACUCGGUGGAAUCUGCAGAAAGUCCUGCGGUUCAGGGACGACUCUGCUGCAAUAAAAAUGACACGAAAAGUUGGAAACUACGCAGACCAUCUUCUGGCAACUCCGGUAGCAGCACAAAGGUUAUCUAAUGAAUGGCGGUACAAAAAACAGGACUCUCUGGCAACACCCUUUCGAACUCGCGCUGGGCAUAUGGUACCGGGAGAAACACGAAACGCUCUUUACCUUGCACGAGGUGCUCUUGGCGAGCAGAAACCCACAUCAAUGCCAUUGCUCACUGCAGAACAUAUAUUUGGGCAAAGGACAAAGCGCGAUAAUUGAAUUUUCCUGAUACUUCAGAAUUUGUCGCAAACGAUCAGAAGGCACUGGCAGCUUGGAGAUCAUCUGCAUUAAGCCAGUCGGCUCCGGAUUCUGCGAGCUGCCUCCAUACACUAUUACGCGCGCUACUGGGCCACCCUGGUGUAUCCCAGAAUCGUGCUUUGAUACCAAGUGAAUGUGCUUCCUGUAAUAAUCGAUUCAAAUUUGCCAAUUGAUCCUCCGUGAUAUUUCCAAUGCCACUCCAGGCAACUGCUAAACUGUAGUCUGUGCUCGCAAUUGGGGAUAAAGUGUUAUCCCACUUCUCUGAAGUACUGUUCAGUUCGGCGAGCGGGGCAUCAUAGAAGAAAUCCCUUGGCAAUGAGGCUUUCACACUGUCGAGAGGCGUGUUUCCUGUUCCAACGACUGUGACCGUCGACGUUUUCAAGGUUCCAUUAGAGAACGUUGUCAAG